AUGGGCCCCGGGCAGGCAAGACAGCAUGCUGAGUUCAUCCUGCAGCCCCUGUUCCAAGCACAUGGCAAUGACAGAUCAAGCAGGCCAGCCUUCAAGCCACAGCGACACAAGACGGCAGCCACCACGGGCUCGGGAGGAGAAGUCCCCUGCAAUUUCUGCCUGUUGGAAGAAUUCAAGGAAGGCCAGAAAGCAGUAGGAGAUGGCACAGAUAGCUGGGGUCUAGAAGGUGAUGAAGACAUGACAAUCACAAGAUGGACAGGGAUGAUAACUGUGGUGGACCCAAGAGUCACAUCAGUGCUAGCUAAAUGGCGGAAUUCAUAUAGCUUCACAGUCGUCCUGCAAGAACUUCAGCACCUAAUGACGUCUAAAGAAAAUAUGAAACUCCCUCAGCCGCCUGAAGGACAGUGUUAG